AUUUCUCCAACUUUUCUUGCCAGGCAAAGUAAGAAGGCUUAUCUUCUUAUCGAUUUCUCUGACCAUCUCCAAAUAAGUGUCUACGUCCUAGGUGCUGUUUUUCUUCAGCUCUGCCAAGUUUUGCAACUUGCAGAACAUCCAGUUGUUCAGAAACUUGUAGAUCCCAGUCUUUUCAUCCAUCGUUUUACAAAACUUUUGCUGGGAAGAAGAAAUAAUGAUGUCUCAGACACAGCUUUAUGCAUUGUAGCUAGCAUGAAGAGAGAUUGGAUGCAGACUGGGAGGAAGCCAAGCGGAUUAUGUGGUGCAGCAUUAUACAUUGCUGCACUCUCUCAUGGGUGUAAUUACACCAAGGCAGAUAUUGUCUCUGUUGUGCAUGUGUGUGAGGCCACUCUAACGAAGCGAUUGAUAGAGUUCGAAAAUACAGAUUCUGGCAGCUUAACACUGAUGAAUCUAAUGAAGAGCCUGUUUCAAAACAUUCGCCCAAGUCUGGAGAAAUUAUCUGCAAACACAAGGAUAAAGGUUUUGAGCAUUUUGCUCAUGGACUUUGUGAAAAAUGCUACAAUAAGUUCACUAAACUGUCGGGUAGACUAGAAGGUGGUUCUGUCCCUCCAGCAUUCCAACGAGCUGAAAAGAAAAGACUUGAAGCUGCUAAAAGGGCUGAAGAAGCUGCAGCAGCUAAGGAGGCAGCGCUGGAAGAAUCUCUUUGCGACACACAGAAUUCUGAGGUUGAGAGUGCCAUGACUCCUAGAAAGGGUUUAAGUGGAGAUAAAUCUUCGAAAAUGGGAUCUGAGGGACUCAUAAAUGACUCUAUGCCACCCAAGGAUCCUGAAGAGGGAGGUUUGUUACUUCCUGAAUCAUCAUGCACUGCAGUAAUUUCAGUUUUCUUCUUUUGAAUCCUU